GUGACUGUAAUUUCUGGUAUUUUUUAGCACAUUCUAUCCCAAUCUCCUCACACACAUAACAAAAGGCAGGAGAAAAAUUGUAAAUUAUUACGGAUUACCCGGACAUUUUUCUGUCAUUUUCCGAGCAAUUUGCGCUGCAGAAAAGCAAGUGAGCUCCAUUGGAUCAGUAGAAAGGUUACCCCCAGGACAUCGCCAUGGUGACCCCACAAUCGCCGACGCCCAUGUUCAAUGGAUUGGACGAUGAUCUCUACAGCGACGCCAAGUAUGCCCAUGAAAUCAACGACAAGAUGCGGGUACCCAAGAGAAUUAAGGCCACUGGGGAGUACUCCAACGAGGAUCUGCUGCUGUCCAACCAGAACGGCUUGAUCAGCUCCUGGAACUAUCACGACAAGAUUGACAUGAAUGUACCGGAUCGAAUUGUGGUCCUGGGCCACAAUCAGCACCUGGAGACGCGCUCUGCUCCGCGGGAAAUCCAGCUGGAGAACUCAAUUCUGCCCAAGAAUCCAUCGGUCGGAUUGGUGCGCGUCCAGACGCCACCGCGCAUCAUUACCCUCACCGAUCACCACUUCCCCUCGGCCUCCGAGGAGAGCUCGCCCAUUAGGGCGAAUGGCCAUCAUUUGUAUGGUAAUGAUCUCGACGAGGACGCCGACGACGAGGAGACCCAUGCCACCCAAUAUGUGCGUGCCAAUGGAGUUGCCCGUAUGGGAUUCCACGCAAAUGACGCCAAUUCCGUUGAAUCGGACUCGCAGGUGACCACGGGCAGUGCCAGCAAGCGCUCGCAGUUGAAUCAGCAGCAGCACAACAACCUGGAUGCCUCGAUGCUGGCGCACCGAGAGGGCACGCCCAUGGGCGAGCUGACGCCCCACGAGGAGAUCCUGUAUCUGAGACGCCAGCUGGCCAAGCUGAAUCGCCGGGUGCUGAACAUCGAGAUCAACAAUGAGCAGCGCACGCAGCGGGAGAAGAUCGUCUACUGUCUGGGCCUGGCCUACUUCGUACUCAAGACAAUAUUCUGGCUGAAUCGCAAUUAGAUAGGGACAGACCACUAUGACGGUUGGAGAUCUGCGGUGGGUGCCAGGACAACCAACAACAUGCUAUGGACACCCUUUUGGAACAGCUUCUUUCGUUUCUUGACUUCCGUGUUGUUUCUUUUGUGGAAAAGCUCUGAGAGAGACUUUGUUUUUUGUUUGCCAUAACUUCGUAGUCUAAGCUCGAUAAUAAAUAAGCGCAACACCGUUCUGUUUUGUACACCGUGGAAAACCAAAAAACAAAGGCCCCCAUACUUAAUUUGUAAGAUGAUCUGGCACUUAAGGAGCGUGUAUCUAAAUUUAAGCUUUAAUCUCUACCUGUUUCACCCGAGCAGCACCCAACACAAAUCCGAUUCAUCAUAGCAUUGCUCUGAGGAGAUAUUGUUUAAAGGGUUGUUUCUAUUCUAGAUCUGUUAACAUUUAAUAAUCCCAAAGUGAACACAAGAACUCUAAUGGUAUUUGUAUGCGAAAUCCCAUACGAUAAAUAGUUAAAUAUAUACAUUAAUAUAAUAGUACCGUAAAUCCCACAGAAAUCAUUGCAUUGAUUUUUGCAUAACUAACGGAAACGAAGGAAAUCCAUUUAGAGUGUAGCAUGAAUCAUCAAUUGAAUUCAUCAUGAUAUUUAAAAAAUAAAACGUUUAAAGUACCAAGCCAAA